AUGGAAAAAAGCAUGUUGAAGCGAGACAUUAUCAAUUCUUUAAAGACAUUAGUUAACAAAAAUUUGAAGGACAGCGUCUUCAACUGCAACAGUAAGAAGGAAAUUACUGACAAUCUUUCGAAUCUCAUAAAGGACCAUUUAAAAAGCUUAACCUCAAAUAAAUAUAAAAUUAUUGUUGAAAUUCUCCUUAACGAAAACAGAGAACAAGGAAUAAAUGUUUCUACUAGGCUUUUUUUCGACAAACAGUCAGAUUUUUUUUUUAAGGAAAGCAUCAACACCGAUACCUUCCAUUGUCUUGUGGUGGUUUACUUAAUUCAUGUGUAG